UUUGUUAAAGUAGACUUUGUACGAUUAACAUACAUGAAUUUAAGUUUUGAACAGAAAAAAAAUAGUUUUGCUAAAUUAGAGUUAGUGUUUUGUUUUGAUUAAUAAUUUUCAAUGAUUUGAAUUUUCAGAAAACCAAAUGUUAAAAUGAAUAUUUAUCAAAUAUACAUAUUUUUAAAAAUAAUUCAUAUUUCCUGCACGUUACUUGUGAGUAAAAGUUCGGAUUGGGGCAAUCGGCAAGUAAAUGGCGAUGACGAAUCCAUUCCUAUUGCAUUAAAUCAAGCAAUACCUAUUUGGACGAGCAGUUAUCAAUCAUUCUAUGUGAGUUAUAACGGUGGUAUAUUUACAUCCCCAAAUUACAAGACAAUGAGCUUGAACUACGAUUGGUUUUUUUUCCCUAAGUAUACUCUUUUGGGGUAUUGGGCAGAUGCGAAUUUCCACCGUCCGUGCUAUAAUGGAUGUGGAAUGUUUAUUAACACAAAUCCUUCAAAUGAAGUCUUAACUACAAUAGAUAAUUCAAUAAAAAAUGGAUAUUCAUCAGACAAACAAAGAACACUGAUAGUAACGUGGUACAAAGCUCCAUCCUACAAACGAAGACCAGUGAAAGCGGGAGAGUAUGGAUAUUGGCAAAAUACUUUUCAAGCAGUUUUAACAUCUAAUGGAACAAGCACUUAUUUUAUUGUGGCUUAUGAUGAUAUUACUUAUCCUCAGCAAAGCGAAGGAAGUGCAAAGAUUGGUUUUUAUAAAGAUUCAAGUUUUAGAAUUGUAUUUCCUGGAUCGGAGAACACAAACCUUGCCCAAAAUAAACUAUUCUGUCAAUCUAAUAUUAAUCUUCCUGGUGUUUAUGCAAUUGGAAUAACACCAUCGAGUUAUCAAGAAAUCAUUAAAGCAGGCAUUAACAUGUUUUCAAGUUCAUGUUCAAAUUGUCAAGGAGACAAACUUUUACAAUGUAAUUUAGAAUCAAAUGCAACUCAACAGUCUGCUUCUUCAAUGUAUGUAACAACUCAAUUGCCUUCAAUGUAUGUAGCAACUCAAUAUACAGUUAAAUCUUCAAUAAACCAAGAUUUUAUUACGCCUACUAGUACAAAAACAUAUGAAACACCAUCAGCAUAUGAAACACCAUCAGCAUAUUCAAACGGUAUCCAGUUCAUAUCAUCUUCUCCAAAUGGAAACAGUUUGCCUUCAACUUUACCUCAACCUUCAACAAGUCAAAUUUUUGUUAAGUCAAGCAACGCAAUUAAGACCCCGUCAUUACUUUCAACUGAAAUUCAAUUCAUGCUUUCAUCUAUAAAUGAAAACAAUUUAGUUUCUUUAGCUCAACCCUCUACAAAUCAAGUUGUUGUUACUCCGACCAUUACAAGUACUAUUACAACAUCUCCACUAUAUUCAGUUAACAUGCCACUUAUGUCAACAUCUACAAAUGCAAAGAGUAUAAUUUUAACAACAGAUCAAUCUUCAACAAGUCAAGGUUUUUAUAAGCCUACUAGUUCAAAUAAAUAUGAAACAUUAUCAGUAUACUCAAAUGGUGUACAGUUUACGUUGUCAUCUACUAAUGAAAAUAGUAUACCGUUAAACUCAACUCAACCUUCAACAAACGAACCUUAUAUUACAGCUAUCACAGCUAAUAUUAACAUGCCUUCUUCACCAAAAAUAACAGAUUUGCAAUCUUUAUCUUGGCCAAGAAGUGAAAACAAUAUAGUUUUAACCUCAACUCAAUCUUUAAGCCAAAUAUUUGUUACACCAAGCAGCACAAAUGAAAACAAGACACGAUCAUUACUUACAACUGACAUUCAGUCUAUGUUUUCAUCUACAAAUGUUUUAGUUUCAACUUUAGCUCAACUCUCAACAAAUCAAAUUGUUAUUACUCCUACUACAGCGAAUCCAGCAUCUCCUAUAUAUUCAGCUGACAUGCCACUAAUGUCACCAUCUACAAAUCCAAACAAUAUAAUUGUAACCACGGUUCAAUUUUCAACCAGCCACGCCUUUUACAAAUCUACCAGCACAAAUGGCUACAUGGUAUCUUCCAAAUAUUCAAAUGUUAUGCCACUUGUAACUGAAACUAAAAUCGAGAACCCCAUAGUUUCAAUAUCAACUCAACCAUCUACAAAUUUAAUAAUGAAUACACCUAGCAUCACAGGUAGUACUGACUUUUCACAAGGUUUAACCAAAAUGCCAUUUGUGUCCACUUAUAGCAAAAAUUUAGCUUCAACUGCAGCUCAACCAUCAACAAAUUUAAUAAUGAAUACACCUAGCAUCACAGGUAGUAUUGAAUUCUCACAAGGUUCAACCGAAAUGCCAUUUAUGUCCACAUAUAGCGACAAUAAAGUUUCAUUUGCAGCUCAACCAUCAACAAAUUUAAUAAUGAAUACACCUAGCAUCACAGGUAGUAUUAAAUUCUCGCAAGGUUCAACCGAAAUGCCAUUUGUGCCCACUUAUAGCAAAAAUUUAGCUUUAACUGCAGCUCAACCAUCAACAAAUUCAAUAAUGAAUACACCUAGCAUCAGAGGUAGUAUUGAAUUCUCACAAGGUUCAACUGAAAUGUCAUUUAUGUCCACAUAUAGCGACAAUAUAGUUUCAACUGCAGCUCAACCAUCAACAAAUUUAAUAAUGAAUACACCUAGCAUCACAGGUAGUAUUGAAUUCUUACAAGGUUCAACCGAAAUGCCAUUUAUGUCCACAUAUAGCGACAAUAAAGUUUCAUUUGCAGCUCAACCAUCAACAAAUUUAAUAAUGAAUACACCUGGCAUCACAGGUAGUAUUGAAUUCUCACAAGGUUCAACUGAAAUGUCAUUUAUGUCCACAUAUAGCGACAAUAUAGUUUCAACUGCAGCUCAACCAUCAACAAAUUUAAUAAUGAAUACACCUAGCAUCACAGGUAGUAUUGAAUUCUCACAAGGUUCAACCGAAAUGCCAUUUAUGUCCACAUAUAGCGACAAUAAAGUUUCAUUUGCAGCUCAACCAUCAACAAAUUUAAUAAUGAAUACACCUGGCAUCACAGGUAGUAUUGAAUUCUCACAAGGUUCAACUGAAAUGUCAUUUAUGUCCACAUAUAGCGACAAUAUAGUUUCAACUGCAGCUCAACCAUCAACAAAUUCAAUAAUGAAUACACCUAGCAUCACAGGUAGUAUUGAAUUCUCACAAGGUUCAACCGAAAUGCCAUUUGUGUCCACUUAUAGCAAAAAUUUAGCUUCAACUGCAGCUCAACCAUCAACAAAUUUAAUAAUGAAUACACCUAGCAUCACAGGUAGUAUUGAAUUCUCACAAGGUUCAACCGAAAUGCCAUUUAUGUACACAUAUAGCGACAAUAAAGUUUCAUUUGCAGCUCAACCAUCAACAAAUUUAAUAAUGAAUACACCUAGCAUCACAGGUAGUAUUGAAUUCUCGCAAGGUUCAACCGAAAUGCCAUUUGUGCCCACUUAUAGCAAAAAUUUAGCUUUAACUGCAGCUCAACCAUCAACAAAUUCAAUAAUGAAUACACCUAGCAUCACAGGUAGUAUUGAGUUCUCACAAGGUUCAACCAAAAUGCCAUUGAUGUCCACAUAUAGCGACAAUAUAGUUUCAUUUGUAGCUCAACCAUCAACAAAUUUAAUAAUGAAUACACCUAGCAUUACAAAUGCAUCUUCAAAAGAUUUUAAUGACUUACGAUCUAUUUCAUUGUCUUUCAGUGAAAAAGAUAUAGUUUCAACUGCAGCUCAACAAUCUACAAACUUUAUUUUGAGUACGCCUAGCCUCACAAAGGUUGAUAUGACAUCUUCACAAGUUCAAAAUUUAUCAAGCCAAAUUUUAAUUACAUCUAACAUCAUAGUUGAUAAUAGAGCUUCCUCAAAAAUUUCAGUUGUUGCGUCAUUUAUGACAUCUACUAAUGAGAACCAAAUAGUUUCAACUUCAGUUUUACCUUUUCCGAAGUAAAUUUCAACUAGAUAUCAGUUUUUUAUGAUUUAUGACUUCAUUAACUCUCACAAAACAAUUUAAACAACUUAAAAACAGAUUCAACCUGUAGCUCAUUUCUAUGUUUGCAAUAAAUUUAAAUAAUAAAAGUUUCCGAUGCAGUUCAUACUUUAACAUAUCUAAUUUUGAUUAUAAUUUGCUGUACAAAUGGCUUCGUCAUUUAUAACUUAUGUAUCAUAUAUUAUUACUCUUUCAAAAAUAUUCCUCAUGUAUAAGUAUAUUGUAAUAUUAAGUACAAUGUCAAAUUUAGAAGUUCAGCUCUAAAUAAACACGUAGUUUCAAAAGCUGGUUUCUAGAUUUGUCUUACUUUUUGUUAUUUUUAAUGGAAUUUUUUAAAGUAAUGUUGCUUAACUACUUCAUUAUUUUAUAUUUGUAUUUGAAUGUUUAAUAAUAUCAUCAUAACAGGUUAAAAUUUAGACAAUAUUUAAUUGAGUUUUCUCAAA